GGUCAUCUAAAUCGUCAUCUCCUUUAGAGUGCACGAUGGCAGGUAUAUCUUGGUAUCAAGAGAAGAUCGGAGCCUACGAUCAGCAAAUAUGGGAGAAGUCUCUGGAACAAGCUGAACUGAAGGGAUUUGGUUUCAAACCAAGAAAAACAGGUCACAUUAAGCCAGAUCUGAUUGACGUUGACCUGGUAAGAGGUUCCACGUUCAGUAAGGCUAAACCUGAAAGCCCAUGGACGGCUCUGACCCGUAAAGGCCUGGUCAGGGUUCUGCUCUUCCCUUUCUUCUUCCAGUGGUGGAUCCAGGUCACAUCCAAAUUCAUCUCCACUUGGAUACUAGUGCUUUACUUUCUACAAGUGGUAGCAGCUAUCAUGUAUUUGGAUGUGCCAGUGGCCAGUGCCAGUGAAGUGGUGGGACCCGUGUGUCUGCUGCUGCUGCUUGGAACGGUUCAUUGCCAAAUAGUUUCCACUGAGUCCUCAAAAAGUCCCGCCAGCAGCGUGGCCUCCAGCAGUGCCACGAGCCCCGCACACAGGAAAAGGCAUAGGAAGGGAAGGGGAGUGAAUAGGGCAGAGGAUCCUGGAGACAACUGGGAACUGGAGCCCAAGUCUUGGCCAAAGGAGAAGAACCAACGCACUUACAGAGCAGAGAAAAGACAGAGCUCUGUGAGGCAGUCUGUGUAUGGGCUGUCUGAGGACCUCUCUAGUGAGGAGAAGGAGGGGGAGGAAGCAGAUGCCUACAGAAAGUCAAACAGAGAGAAGGUCGUACUAACACCAUCACACAACGUCACCUCCAUACUCAGGAAGAGGGGAGGCAGUGGCCCGAAGAAUGCUCAGACGCUUUCAGCACAGCUCCAGGACAGGGGCGAUGUUGAGACUGCGACUGCCAGGGCCACACCAAGACGAGUCGAAGACCUAAGGCCCUUGGGAGGUUCCCGCCCCGCCUCAGACACCGAUGACACUUUCUGGGAGGAGUUUCUGCAAGAUCCUGACUCCGCCUCCACAGGCAGCACGGGCAGUACUGACAGUGAGAAACAGGGCCGGCAUUGCCAUGGCAACUCCUUCGCUCCGCCUACCGUCCUCAGUAGUGACGAUGAAAAUUUCCCUCACAGCCAGCUGUCCUGGCUGCAGGCGUGUCACCCCUCCAGAGACAGGGUCAGUGCUAUUAUCUGGGAGCAGGGGGAGUGUAAGAAGGCAGACAUGUCUGUACUGGAGAUCAGUGGAAUUAUUCUGACCCGGGUGAAGGUGGUGGAGCAGGGCAUUGCUUACCUUAUCCUGGGUGGGCUGUUGACCGCCACCUUGGCUCUGUUGCCGUUUGUGUUCAGACUGGCACAGCGACUGGACACAGCCAACCUCGGCUCCGUGACGCUGGCCGAGAUGGCCGAGAUGGCCGCGGGGCCACCCAGCGUGUGGUCGUACGUGUUCUUCCUCAUCACCACGGUCGAACGAGUCUUCCUGACCGGUCUCUUUUUUUUCAUGAUGUGUGUGGCAGAGAGAACUUACAAACAAAGACUUCUGUUUGCCAAAUACUUCAGUCACCUCACAUCUGCACGAAAGGCCAAGAAGUCAGAAGUCCCUCACUUUCGUCUUAAGAAAGUACAGAAUAUCAAAAUGUGGCUGUCACUACGUUCAUUCCUGAAGAGACGAGGGCCCCAGCGCUCCGUCGACGUCAUCGUCUCCUCCAUAUUCCUCCUGGCUCUCUCUUUUGCCUUCAUCUGCUGCGCACAGCUUCUCCACAGCCACCAUACAUUCCUAGACUCAGAGACCAACUGGGAACUGAUGGUAUGGGGGUUAGCCCUGAUCGUUUUCCUGCUACGCCUGGCAACGCUUGGCUCUGAGACCAACCGAAAGUACAGCAAUGCCUCAGUGUUACUGACUGAGCAGAUAAAUUUGUAUCUGAAAAUGGAAAAGAAGCCCUACAAGAAAGAGGAACUGAAUAUAGUGAACAACGUUUUGAAACUAGCCACCAAACUCAUGAAGGAGCUAGACACUCCAUUUCGGCUCCUGGGGUUGACCGUGAACCCUCUCAUCUAUAACAUCACUCGUGUGGUCAUUCUCUCCGCUGUCUCAGCCGUGGUCAGUGACCUGCUUGGCUUCAACAUCAGACUUUGGAAGAUCAAACCGUGAUAUCAAACCACUACACCAGUCUUACCAGUGGAAACCAGGGGGACUGAUACUCUGAUGUGUUUGAGUUGAUUAAGCCUGGGGAACAACCUCCUAUAAACUGUUUAAAAAAAAAAAAAAGUAA